UCCCGGAGCUGCACGGAGGAAGAAGUUGUCUUGGCCCGGCCUCCGCCUGCAGCACACGAGAGGAUAUCGGGUUUUACGUGGGAAGCUUCGCCUUCCACUAUGCGCUGAGGACGAGUGGUUAAAGCUGCCGGAAAAGGAAGGAGUAGCGGACAAAUUUAACAUUUUUAUCACCUUGUUGCCACGAGACGCUGCAACUCUUUGAUCCAGCCGCGCACUGGAGCGAGGGAAGCGACACCAACACCCCCAGAGAUGGUUUACCACCCUCUGGGACCUUUAAAAACACUACUGCUUCGAGCUUUUCUCUGCUAAACCCAAAUACACGAGAAGGGAGCUCUUUAUUUGAAUUCUGCUUCACCAGCAAAGGGAUUAAUUUCACCACCAUGCCGGACCUAAUCACAGUUUCGGAGUUUGUGGCAGAGACGAAUGAAGAUUAUAAAUCACCGACUGCCUCUAAUUUCACCACCAGGAUGUCCCACUGCAGGAACACAGUGGCAGCUCUGGAGGAGGCUCUGGAUGUGGAUCGCAGUGUCCUCUACAAGAUGAAGAAGUCAGUCAAGGCCAUCUACGCGUCUGGUCUUGCCCAUGUAGAGAACGAGGAGCAGUACACUCAGGCCCUGGAGAAGUUCGGUGAAAACUGCGUGUAUAGAGACGAUCCUGAUCUGGGUUCAGCCUUCCUCAAGUUCUCCGUCUUCACCAAGGAGCUCACUGCACUUUUUAAAAACCUUUUCCAAAACAUGAACAACAUCAUCACCUUCCCUCUGGACAGCUUACUGAAAGGAGACCUGAAAGGGGUCAAAGGGGAUCUAAAAAAGCCCUUCGACAAAGCCUGGAAGGACUAUGAAACCAAAGUGACCAAGAUCGAGAAGGAGAAGAAGGAGCACGCGAGGCAGCACGGGAUGAUUCGGACGGAAAUCAGCGGUGCGGAAAUCGCUGAAGAGAUGGAGAAGGAAAGAAGAUUCUUCCAGCUGCAGAUGUGCGAGUAUCUCCUCAAAGUUAACGAGAUUAAAAUCAAAAAAGGAGUGGAUCUGCUGCAGAACCUCAUCAAGUACUUCCAUGCGCAGUGCAAUUUCUUCCAAGAUGGACUAAAAGCUGUGGACAACCUGAAGCCUUCUAUAGAGAAGCUGGCCACAGAUCUGCACACGAUCAAGCAGGUGCAGGACGAGGAGAGGAAGCAGCUGACUCAAUUAAGAGAAGUCCUCAAGUCGACUCUUCAGGUGGAGCAGAAGGAGGAUCCCCAGGUGCGUCAGAGCACAACGUACAGUCUGCAUCAGCCGCAGGGCAACAAGGAGCACGGCACCGAGCGGAGCGGCUUCCUGUUUAAGAAGAGUGACGGGCUGAGAAAAGUGUGGCAGAAGAGGAAAUGCACGGCAAAAAACGGAUACCUCACCAUCUCACACGGCACAGCAAACCGACCUCCAGCUAAACUCAACCUGCUAACCUGCCAAGUGAAACACAAUCCUGAGGAGAAGCGGAGCUUUGACCUCAUCUCACAUGACAGAACGUAUCACUUCCAGGCCGAAGAUGACCAGGACUGUCAGAUUUGGAUCUCGGUGCUGCAGAACAGCAAGGAGGAGGCGUUAAAUCAGGCAUUUAAAGGGGACCAUCGUGUCGGCGAGAACAACAUUGUGCAGGAGCUGACCAAGGCCAUCCUGGGGGAAGUCAAGAGGAUGACGGGAAACGACGUGUGCUGCGACUGCGGAGCCCCCAACCCGACGUGGCUGUCCACCAACCUGGGCAUCCUCACCUGUAUUGAAUGUUCAGGGAUCCACCGGGAGCUGGGGGUCCACCACUCCCGGAUCCAGUCCCUCACUCUGGAUGUACUCAGCACCUCAGAGCUCUUGCUGGCCAAGAACGUGGGGAAUGCAGGCUUUAAUGAAAUCAUGGAGGCCUGUUUAAUUGCUGAAAAUGUUGUCAAACCCAAUCCAGCAAGUGACAUGCAGACCAGGAAAGACUUCAUCACAGCCAAAUACAUAGACAAACGUUUUGCCAAGAAAACGUAUCCUGAUGCCAUGUCCCGGCUUCACGCGCUCUGCGAGGCGGUGAAGGCUCGAGACAUCUUCUCCCUCAUCCAGGUCUACGCCGAGGGGGUGGACCUCAUGGAGCCCAUCCCGCUCGCCAACGGCCAUGAACAAGGAGAGACGGCCCUUCAUCUCGCCGUCAGGCUGGUGGAUCGAACAUCUCUUCACAUCGUCGACUUCCUCACUCAGAACAGUUUGAAUUUGGACAAGCAGACGUCCAAAGGCAGCACGGCGCUGCACUACUGCUGCCUGACGGACAACAGCGAGUGUCUGAAGCUGCUGCUGCGAGGGAAGGCGUCCAUAGAUAUCUCUAAUGAGGCCGGAGAGACGCCGCUGGAUAUCGCUCGGAGGCUCAGACACGUACAGUGUGAGGAGCUGCUGAACCAAGCGCUGGCAGGAAAAUUCAACGCCCACGUCCAUGUUGAGUACGAAUGGCGCCUGCAGCAUGAAGACCUGGAUGAGAGCGACGAAGAUCUGGAUGAGAAGCCGAGCCCCCACCGGAGAGACGAUCGCCCGGUCAGCUGUUACACCCCCGGCAGUAACUCCCACUUGCCGUCCAGCCGGGACAAGGACAAGCAGCGCCUCCACAUGCCCAACCUGGUCAACAACGAGACUUACGGCACCAUCCUGAACAGCAGCUCCCCUCAGCCGGCCACCACCUCUGCUCCUCCACUGCCCCCGAGGAACUUGGCCCAGUUAUCAGGGCUGGGAGGGAUCAGCCAGUCCUCCACCACCAGCUGGAAACCAGCUUCUUUAGACCUGACCUGCCGACAGCGAUCCUCCUCAGAUCCUCCCAACAUGCACCCACCUGUGCCCCCCAUGAGGCUCACAUCAACUGCAGGUCCUUCUCUAACAAAGAUGGAUGCCAUGAACAUGCAGUCCAAAUCUGGUCAGGGUUUGUUAGGGACCAGGUCAGCACCGCCUAAAUCUCCUUCUGGAAAUGAUAAGAGCUUCAGCCGAAGUUUCCUGAAUCGAACAGAGCCCACAGAAAGAGAAGCUAAGGAAGUACCAGGAUGCCCCCAGAACUCCACGGGUCACUCUCUGCCUCCGGCCCCCGUUCCCAGAAAGGCCUUCCCAAGACCAAAGCGGGUUAAAGCCAUUUACAACUGCAUAGCUGACAACCCCGACGAGCUGACGUUUUCUGAGGGCGAGGUGAUCGUGGUGGACGGAGAAGAGGACCAGGAGUGGUGGCUGGGCCACAUUGAAGGCGAUCCGAUGAGAAGGGGAGCAUUUCCUGUCACUUUUGUUCACUUUGUCGCCGACUGAAAGGACCGUUUGGGAGCCCAGGAAGUGGAUGUAGCGUCCCUCUUUAACUCAUCUGUUAACCACCUGCAGUCGUCCGCUUUAUUUAUCCUCUUCACGGCAGUGUCGUCACUUCGUCCAGACGUUGUCUCGUUCUCAUGGCAACAACUGCAGCAAGUCUCGAGGCCUCGUGGGGCAGCUUGUAGUUCUUAAAGUGGACUCUUUAAAGAAAUAAUGAUUGUAGUGAGAGAUCUUUGGCAAUAAAUGCACUUUUCUCGUCUUAAUCCAUCAGAAUGAAGGUCACGUGUUCAGCGUUCGUAACCCUUUUCUGUUGAUCUGAGACUGCA